CCAACCCCUUUUCUAAUCCUUUUAUUAAUGCCUACAACUCAAUCAAUGAUCAACCCAUAGUCCCUACCAUCAAUUUCUCUUGUUUCAGCUCCUUCUCUCUCUACAAACACAUUUAAAUCCACCACCACUCCACAACCCAACUAGAGACCCUCACACACUCUCAGCUACACCACAAUACUUCUCACCUAUGGAAAUGGUGGUCGACGACAUCGUAGCCGACCUCGACUUAUCCAGUUACAGCACCACCACCACAACAACCACCACCACCACAAACAGCAUAGAAGACGAACAUGGCUGCAACUGGAACGAUGUGUGGUCUCCGGUGGUGGACUGGGACGUGCUCUCCGGUGACACCACGGACUUCCACGACCUAAUUGAAUCGAUGAUGGACGACAACACCGGCCUCCAACUCCCCGGUAGGCUUGUCCAUGUCCAAGAAGAGUCCAACUCUGUCAUGUCCACAGACACAGUCAUGGCGGAGGAAGAGACAACGGGUGGGGGCGGCAGCGAUGAUUUCAAAGGGCUGAGGAUCGUCCACCUUCUGAUGGCCGCGGCGGAGGCGCUGACCGGCGUGAACAAGAGCCGUGAUCUGGCUCGGGUGAUAUUGGUUCGGCUCAGGGAGUUGGUGUCUCCUACUGAUGGCACUAACAUGGAGAGGUUGGCCGCGUAUUUUACCGAGGCCCUCCAUGGUUUGCUAGAAGGCGCCGGUGGUGCGCACGGUAAGCACUUGUUGGGGAAUGGACCCCACAACCGUGAGGAUCACCAUCAGAUGGAUGUCCUUGCCGCAUUUCAAUUGUUACAAGACAUGUCACCCUAUGUUAAGUUCGGACAUUUCACAGCCAAUCAAGCUAUUUUAGAAGCCGUGGCCCAUGAUAGGAGGGUCCACAUAGUGGACUAUGAUAUCAUGGAGGGGAUUCAAUGGGCAUCGUUGAUGCAAGCUUUGGUAUCUAGGAAAGAUGGCCCACCGACUCCUCAUCUUCGUAUCACAGCGUUGUCAAGGAGUGGGAGCGGCCGUCGAUCGAUGGGGACCGUUCAAGAGACCGGUCGUCGAUUGAUCGCAUUCGCAGCUUCAAUUGGCCAACCUUUCUCGUUCCAUCAAUGUAGACUUGACUCGGAUGAGACAUUUCGGCCGUCCACUCUAAAAUUGGUGAGAGGAGAGGCUUUGGUGAUCAACUGCAUGCUACACUUACCUCACUUUAGCUUUCGUGCCUCGGACUCGGUCGCUUCGUUUUUGUCUGGAGCAAAAACCCUAAACCCAAGAUUAGUGACCCUAGUGGAGGAGGAGGUGGGACCAAGAGGGGACGGAGGAUUCGUGGGCCGGUUCAUGGACACAUUACACCAUUACUCGGCGGUUUAUGAUUCGCUCGAGGCUGGUUUUCCAAUGCAAGAUCAAGCUCGGGCUUUGGUGGAACGGGUAUUCUUAGGCCCACGAAUAUCUGGGUCAUUGGCCCGAAUCUAUCGCACACGUGGCGAAGAGGAGGGAUGCUCUUGGGGAGAGUGGUUAGGUGCAAUGGGGUUCAGUCCCAUUAAAAUAAGCUUUGCCAAUCAUUGCCAAGCAAAGUUGUUGUUGGGACUAUUCAAUGAUGGCUAUAGGGUGGAGGAGUUAGCUAACAAUAGGCUCGUUUUAGGGUGGAAAUUCCGGCGCUUGCUUUCAGCUUCUAUUUGGACUUCCUCGGAUUGUGAUUUCUAAAUUAUGUGUUUCUUUUUUCUUCUGCUUUUUGUUUUUUAUUUUCAUUCUUGUAAAUAAAUUGUAUUUCUUGAUUUUGAUUAUAUGUUAUUUUUCCCAUAUUAUUUCCUA